UUAUUAAAUUAUUGAUUAUGUCAAUGAAAUUACAUCAUGACAUCCACAAAUGAAUUAAAACGUAGAUGUCCAUUGGUUGGUUGUGUUUGUUUUAUAAUAUUUGCCAUUUUAGGCAUAUUAUGUUUAGGUAUUGGUAUAUUAUUUUAUUGUAAAUUUGAUACAAUAUUUGGUGAUGUUGUAAAACAACAAAUGAUUAUUAAUAAUAAUAAUUUAUGGUGGUAUGAACAUUGGUUAAAGCCAUCUGGUCGUGAAAUAUUAACUGUUCAUGUAUUUGAAAUUGAAAAUGUUAAUGAAUUAAGACAAAAUUGGCUUGAAACAUUAACCGCACCGAAAUUGACCGAAAAUCAGAAGAAAAAACCUAAAGAAAUUCCAUCAUCAUCUUCGACAACAACACGAAUCAAAUCAUUAAAUCGUAAUUCAAAACAAGAAAAAGAUAUAGCUACAGUUGUGAAUCGUUUACAGCCACAAAUACGUGAAGUUGGUCCAUUUGUUUUUCGAAUCGAACGAUUGAAAGAAAACGUAAUUUUUGCUAAUGAUGAAAAAAAUCAAGCUGGCUAUAAUGAACGUGUACAAUAUCAUUUUGAUCAAUUACUUUCAUAUGAAGAUAUUGAUCAAAAAGUUAUUGUUGUUAAUUCAGAACUUUCAGCAUUAAAUCCAUUUGUACGAGCUUUAAUGAAAAGAGGUGAAAAUGUGAAAAAAAUUUCAAAUGGUUUACGUAAUGUUAUUGAUGAAAUAUUGAAUUUAUAUGCAAUGAAUAUUUUUGUUGAACGACCAAUAUGGCGUAUUAUUUUUGGUCCAAAUUAUCAAUCUGAUCAUCAACAGAACAAUAUUGAUAAUGGUGAUGGUGAUCAGGAUAUCAAUGCCAAUAUGAAUGAGCUUGAUGAAAAUGAUGAAACAAUUGAUAUAAAUAAUAAAAAUUCAACCAAAGAAUCAAAUACAACAAAUAUUGAACAUACAAAAUAUACAAAUGAUGAAACAGUUGGUAAAAUUCUAACACUUUAUGAUAAAGCUGAACAAUAUAUAAAACGUUUAGGUGUUGAUAUUGAUCCAUAUGAUCUAUUAGCCGGUAUAUAUCGUUAUGAAAAUGUUGUAAAAAGUGGACCGAAAUUAAUUAAAUUAAAAGAAAAAAAAAUGAAACUUUCCCGAAAUGAAUAUCGUCAGAAUUCAGUAUUUUCAUUUUUUAGUAAUAAUUCAAUUGAAAAAUAUGAUAUCUAUACUGGUAUUAAUGAUGAACAGAAUGGUGAAAUUAUUGCUUGGAAUCAACAUAGCUAUAUGGAUGCAUGGUAUGGUCGUCAAUGUAAUAGUAUUAAUGGUACUGAUGGUCGACAAUAUAGUCCAUUUGUUCGUGAAUCUCGUAUAUAUCAAUUUAUACCACGUUUAUGUCGCUCUAUACCGUUUACAUUAUCAAAAUUGGAUAUAAUUUCAUCACCAUCCGGUAUUAGUUUAAGACGUUUUAGUGAAGCUAAUGAUUUUAUGCAAAGUCCUUUCCGUAAUAAAGCAAAUGGUUGUUUUUGUAGAUUUCAAAAUCAACUUAAACGUUGUAAUUAUGAUGGUAUAUUAGAUAUGGCUAAUUGUUAUAAUGGUGCACCAAUUAUAUUGACAAGACCACAUUUUAGUGGUACUAUUACUAAAUCGAUUGGUCGAUCAAUAAAUGGUUUAGUACCGGAUGAUCAAUUUUAUCAAACUUAUAUUGAUGUUGAACCGAUUUCUGGUAUUGUUUUGGAUAAAAUGGAACGAUAUCAAUUGAAUGUACAUUUUCCACCAUUACCAUUGAAAUUGAAUGCAAAUCGUACAAUACCCGAAACAAUAAUACCAUUAUUUUGGUAUCAAGAACAAUUUGUAGCAUCACAAGAUUAUCAUAAUCAUUUAAAAUAUUAUUUUAUUUAUCCAAUGAAAUAUCAAGAAUAUGGUGUACUAUCAUUAAUAUCAUUUGGUUUACUAUUAUUAUUUAUAUCAUUUGUUUGUAUUGGUUUUGGUUGUUUUACACGAAUACCGGUUAAAAACAAUAAUACAACAAUUAUUAAACAAACAGAACAAUUGAAUGAUUUGAAGAAUAGAAAAUUAUUAUCACCAUCUAUUGAACCAUUGAUGAAAAAACCAAUAUACGAUGCUAAUGUGGAACAAGAGUCACAAUCACAACAACAACAACAACAACAACAAUCACAACCACCAAUAUAUGGUAUUAUGUCACGUAUGGAACCAAUAAUGCAUCCAAUACAUAUGUCUAAUAUGAAAUUAAAUAAUGCAGCAACAAUAAUAUCGAAUAAAAUACAUAAUUUACAUAAUAAUAUUAGACAACAACAACCACCACCACAAACAAUGUCGGAUGUAAAAAUAAUAUCAAACAAUAAUAAUGUUAAUCAAUCGGAUCAUAUUUAUUCAAUGAAUACUGAUAUUGAUAGAAAUCUAGCUCGUCGUAUGAUUGAAAUGUUUAGCGAUGAAUUUGAUCAUGGACAAUCAACAGUUAAUCAUUCAAAUACAACAACAACAACACCAGAAAAUAUGAUGAUAACACCUGUGGAUAAUUUAAAUGAUCAAUCACCAAUGCCAAUUUCAAGAAUUCCAUUACAGAAACAAAGUAGCAAAGUUAAUAAUACAAAUCGACAAUCAACAACAAUGAUUAGGCCAACAUCAAAAGUUAAAAGACAACAAUUUAUAAACAAUAAUAAUAAUUUAACAAAAAAUAUACCAUCAACAAUUCAUUUAUAUGGACCAUAUUCAUCAUUACCAACAACACCUGAACAUUAUCGUGAAAUACAAUCACAAGGAUCAAUGCCUAUUGCAUCAAGUCCAUCAAUUGGAACUAUACAUUCAUCACGAUCAAUGAUAGUAUCAAAUCCAUUACCACCACAAUCAUCACUUAAACAGCAGCAAAAAAAUUUACAUUCAUUAAUUCGUUCUAGUCAUAUUUCAGAUUCGGAUUCAGGAUUUUUUCAAAAACCCGAUUCAUCAUCAUCAGAUAUUUUUAUUAUUAAUCAAACAGAUGAAAAAUUUAAAGAUUUUAGCAAUAUGAAACGACGAUCUGUAUCUGUAUCUGCAUCCAAACAAUCGCAUAUUGAUAAUGAUGAUGAUAAUAAUCAAAUGGAUGAAUUUGAACAAAAUACCAACUAUAUGACUAAUGAUAAUAAUGAACAAAUAACAGAAAAUUUAUCCAAAUUAAAUAAACAUAUGAAAAAUUUAAUGAAAGAUUCGAUUAUAGAUGAAAAUAAUGAUGAUGAUAAUGAUAAAGUAUUUGAUGAUAUUGAUAAUGAUGAUAAUAAUAAUGAAGAAGAUAUUAAUGAUGAUGAUGAUGAAGAAGAAGAAAUAGAAAAAAAAGAUAGACCAACAUUAGCCGGUGUUUAUCAAUUAAUUAAUUUUGCAAGACCAUCAUGGCCAACUAGAAAUGAUAUACUUGAAGAAAUUAAACAACGUUCAUUGGAAUUGAAAAAUUCAAAAAAAUAAAAUUUUUAUCAUCAAUAAAUUUUUAUUACAAAAAAAAAAAUAGUGUUAGAAACAAACAA